AGGGAUGAGUCAGGGCUGCUUUGGGGUGUAGCUACUGCUUUCAUGUGGGAAAAAUGCAACCACCAGAAAGCCUGGCCAAUGCACUGCAGUGCUGGAAAGCUUUGAACUGCAGCCGGGCACUGCUGAACUGGGCACUGCUGGGAGUGCUUGGGUCUGUUUUGGGUACGGACCCCUGGGAGAGCUGGGGAGUAGCAUCUUCUGUGGUUUUUAACCCAUUCUGGAGUAGCACGGCCCUGUUCCCUUCUUGUUCACAGUGGUUUGAAGCGGGGGUCCUUGGGGGCCUGCAGUGCCCAGAGCUUUGCUUUGACCAAAAUGGGGCAGGGGCUUGGAGCAGUGGGAGCCUCCUAGAACGGCAUGCACGGUUCUGCUUCCCACCCAAGGGCUGUUUUUGCAUUGUGCAUGCCAAGAUCGCUGUGUCCUCUGCUGGACAGACAGACGGACGCUUGUUUGCAUUCGUGUGCGAUGAGCUUCCUCCAGUCCUGGAGAUGCACCCUGGGGGAGGGAGCUGAUAAGGGAACCCAGAACACAGCCCUAUUGUUUGGCCUUGUUUUGCUGUCUGCCCCAUCCCAACCCUGAAGUGACAGCAGUGAAGCUUCUGCCGUGGCUUCGCACUGGGCAGGGUGAGGCUGGGGGGUGUCAGGGUGGGGGGACCCCCCCAGUGCUCUCCCAGAUCAUGAUGUCAGCAGCCCCAGAGACUCCAAGCAGGGAGCAUGGGUUUGAUCAGCACUGAUGGCUGUGGGAGCAAAGAGCAGAAUUUCCUGGGGAGCAGCACUGAGGGGAUCUCUGCCUGCAAUGGGGGGUGUGGAGCUCUGCAUGGUGCUGACAUUUUCCCUGAAUUCUCUUACUCUGUGGCCUGUGAAUAAAGGCACGCUUGUUAGCUGGCGAGCACUGUGUUUUGCCAAGCAGAACAAUACAGAGAAAGAUGCCCACAAUGGGAAAUUGUGCUUCCUCCUCCCCGUGCGUUCCUCGGGGAGGUGUUGAAAAAAAUAAAAAGGAAAAAAAGAAAAGAAAAGGAAAAAAAAAAGAAAAAAAAAAAAGGAGAAGAAAACGGGAAGAGACGGGCACAGGGCAGGGAGUGAGAGCACAGCCAACGCUGAUCAUGGGAGCAGGACGUGGGGCUGCUGGGGCACUGCCUGCCCCAGGAUGGCGAUGGUGACGGUGACAGCAGUGCUGGCUCACGGGGAGGGCAGGACCCAGCUGGGAGCACCCACAGCUGUCCCUGUGUCCUCGCACCCUGUGUCCCUUCUUCCCAGCAGCAUCUCAGCACAGGUUUGAGCUUUCCAGAAUCCUUCAUCCUGAGAUGGGGUGGCUGUGACAGAGCCAGGACGCAGGUGGUGGUGGAUGGGCACAGCAGCUCCCCUGGGGACGGGCAAACAUUGAGAUGGUUGCUGCCCAUGCUCCUGCUGCAUCCCCCGGUCUGUCCUGCUGCGUGGUCCUGAUCCCCUCACUCCCCCCAGGCUUUCUCCAGUCCCCAGCUCUAAAGAUGCACUGGGUUCUGCUCGCAUCCCUCUGGCUCCUGGCUGCAUCCCCCACGUUCAGCAUCUUCCAGAAGCCAACAGGGAGCCCUGCCACCCCACGCCUGCAGUACCUGCUGGAGCCCCUGCACACUGCAGUGCACACACAGCGAGGUGCCACGGCCACGCUGCCCUGCGUGCUGCGCGCCCUGCCCCGUAACUACCGUGUGAAGUGGAGCAAAGUGGAGCCAGCCAACUAUGGGGAAAACGUUAUCAUCAUCACCAACGGGCUGUACCACAAAAACUAUGGGCCGCUGAGCCCCCGCGUGCGCCUGCGGCACAGCCACCGCUAUGAUGCCUCGCUCACCAUCACCGAUGUCACCUUGGAGGAUGAGGGACGCUACCGCUGCCAGCUGGUCAACGGGCUGGAGGAUGAGAGCGUCUCACUCACGCUGCACCUGGAGGGUGUUGUCUUCCCCUACCAGCCCAUCAAUGGGCGCUACAGAUUCAACUACCACGAAGCCAAGCGUGCAUGUGAGCAGCAGGAUGCCCGGCUUGCCACCUACCAGCAGCUCUACAAAGCUUGGAUGGAGGGCCUGGACUGGUGCAACGCGGGCUGGGUGCUGGAUGGCACCGUGCAUUACCCCAUCAUCAACUCACGGGAGCCAUGUGGCGGCCGCCUCCUGCUGCCAGGCAUCCGCAGCUAUGGGGCCAAGGACAAGCAGCGGGACCGCUUUGAUGCCUUCUGCUUCACCUCUGCACUGCAGGGUGAGGUCUAUUUCAUCCGAGGCCACCUGAACUUCAAGGAAGCCGGGCAAGCGUGCCGCAACCACGGUGCUACCAUUGCUAAAGUGGGGCAGCUCUACUCUGCGUGGAAGUUUUUGGGGCUGGAUCGCUGUGACGGGGGGUGGCUGGCAGAUGGAAGCGUGCGAUACCCCAUCACCACCCCCCGGCAGCGCUGUGGGGGUCUGCCAGAGCCUGGUGUCCGCAGCUUUGGCUUCCCCAGCAAGGAGCUGCGGACCUACGGCACCUACUGCUUCGUGGGGACAUAGGAGAGGUGGGCAGAGGCAAAGGGGUGGCACCGGCUCUCAUCACCUGAGUGGAGAGCUCAAGGUGGGACAGGGGUCUCUGGGGCAUUGUGGGUGGUGCUUGCAUCCUCUGAUGGAGUGAUGAGGCUGAAUUUGGGGGAAUUUGUGCAUCCUCUGAUGGGGCCGAAUGUGGAGGGUUUGUGCAUCCCCUCUGACAGGGCUGAGUCUGAGGGGGUUGUGCAUUUAAUGGAGCUGCUCCCCGCACUCAGCUGCCUCAGAGUUUUGUAGGCAUUCAAGGCUUGAUGGAGAAUCCAGAACCAUUUCCAGCCCAGGAAUUGAGGGGGUCUGGUCCAGUCCCAGUGGGCACGGCAGGGCCCUCCAACCUUGGUGCACCCCCGGCUCUGGUCUCGCUUCCUUCAGCCAUGCAGACUUUGGCUGGUGCAGGCAUGCUGGAGAGCCAGGCAUUAACGAGUGUGACUAAUGGAGUUUCGCUUUCUCAAUUAAUAAAGCGACAGUAAAGCGGCCGCUGGGAC